GAGGUGGCCCCCAGACGACCAAGCAGCUGUGAGGGUCAGCUCGGACCGUAGAAUGCACGCGGCUGCUGCUGCUUCUUCUGCUCCUGCUGCUGCUGCUGCUGCUGCUGCUCCUGCUACUGCUGCUGCUGCUCUUGCUGCUCUUGCUGCUGCUGCUGACGCUUCUGCUGCUUCUGCUGCUCCUCGUCCCGCUGCUGCCGCUCGGUGUCCUCAUGCUCCCCCUGUUGCCGCUGCUCGUGCUGCUGCUCCUCCUGCUGCUCGUCCUGCUGCUCCCCCUGCUGCUGCUCCUCGUGCUGCUGCUCCCGCUGCUGCCGCUCCCGCUGUUGCCGCUCCCUCUGCUGCCGCUCCCGCUGCUGCCACUCCCUCUGCUGCUGCUGCCGCUCCCGCUGCUGUCACUCCCGCUGCUGCUGCUGCUGCUCCUGCUGCUGCUGCAGCUCCUCGUGUUCCUCCUCCUCCUCCUCCUCAUCAUCAUCAUGUCGUUCCUCGUGUUGUUGGCCCUCUUGCUAGCCCCGAGCAUUCAAUGAUGCAAUCCAGUGGCUAAAACGCGGGCCGGGUGUGUACGGUAGAAUGCCCUCUCUCCUCGUCCACGACCUAUCCGAGUCGGACUUGUCAUUGCGCCACUCCUCGC